AUGUUUCUGUUUUCGAAACUUGUGACCCCUGAAAAGCCGUACUUAAGUGUGAAUGGUGAACCGCUUUUCUUUAUUUUUGAUCCACCUCAUUUGCUCAAGUGCUUGCGCAAUAUGCUCUUCAAGUAUGACUUCAGGGUAGGCAGUGACACAAUUAAAAGCUCGUACAUACGACAGGCUUAUGAGAAGGAUCGAGAAAUGCAAAUUCGGUCCAUCCCAAAGUUGAGUGCCCGGCACUUUAAUUUAACUUUUGCUUCGAAGAUGUCUGUGAAACUCGCAGCACAGGUAUUCAGCAAUCAUUGCGCUGCUGCAUUGUGCACAUUGGUAACAUUCCAACAGUUGCCAUCAGAGGCUAUCCACACAGCCAGAUUUGUUGAGAGGAUCGAUAGACUCUUUGACAGUCUAAAUACUUCACAGAAGCGGGGAAAGUCUCCGUAUGCAUCUGCAAUUUGUGCAGGAUCUGUGCAUGAAGAGUUUUUGGAAGAGUGUAUUGCAGUUUUUGAAAACAUCGAAGUUCUAGGCUGUGCGCGGCAGCCUCUUUGCAUCCGUGGCUUCUGCCAAACUAUGAGGGCUGUGCUGCUGUUAUGGAACCACCUGGCCUCUCGCUAUGGUUUGACAUACCUCCUUACCAGGCACCUGAACCAGGAUGCACUUGAAAACACCUUUGCUAUUGUUAGGUCGAAAUCUGGAUCGAACAGCAACUCGUCUUGCCGGCAGUUUCAAGCAGCAUUUAGGCAUCUUUUAGUUAGCAAGUCGGAAAGCAGCAACUGUGCUGAAGACAUGUCUAGCCUUCUAGCCACUCUCCCAGUUUGUUUAUCUAAGUCUGCUCCUUCUCUCUGUACAGCUGCCACAUCUUUGCCAGUUGCAGUAGAAGUUUUGCCAUAUGAUUAUCAGUCUCCAAUACUAGAGAACAACAUUGUCUAUUUUGCUGGCUGGCUUGCCUACAAGUUUAUGAAUGAUCACAGGCCACAUACGUGCGAGGUGAGGCUAGAAAAUGCCGCCUUUGCCGAUCAGAGCCAAGUUCUCUUGUACUUAAGUGUCAAAAAUCCUGGAGAAGGUGACUUUGGGAGCCUGUCAGUUCCUACACCCUCGUUUGUAGCUUUCAUCAAUGCUUGCGAGCAGGUUUUUGUCGCAUCUAGUUCCAAUGUUGUGGGAAAAGAACAAGUAGGGCAUGAUCUGUGCAUGUUGCUUCAUGCCAAGGUAGAAAAAUCGCUGACUGUGUGUGGUGAUGACGUUUAUGAUGGUUUGUUUGCCCUGUUCGUCAGGGUGAGGCUGCAUUGGCUUGCACGCAGAAAAAAUCUUGAACUGCACAGUCAAACUACUAAACGGAAAGCCACGAAGCAAGCACUGAGGCUAACCAAAUGAAAAGGAUGCAAUUCCCGAGCUGUUGGCUGAAUAUUUUGUGAAGUUGCAGGCUAUUAUGCAGCCUGUGCAACAAAUCAGCUUAAUCUGGUUUAACGGUUGCAAAGGUUUUUUUUCUGGUUCACAGCCUGGUUUUAUUCUUUUAUUUUUUACUUGUGUAUUUUGAUUUGCUAGGAUGUGACGUGGUUGCUCACAGGGGCAAUGGUUUAACAAUGUAGCAUCUUUCAUCGUUCAUUCCACUAUGUCACUCUUUUAGGGUACUUUUAUGCCAUGUACAGCCUGUUCAAGUGUCAUCUAUGUACUUGUGCAAUAUUGUCAGAUAAAACGCCAU